CCGGAAAUAAGCAGGUCAGCUGACCGGAAGCAAUGGAGCAAAGCAAGAUGGCGUCCCCCAAGAGCGCGCCUAAGGAUGCUCAGGUUAUGGCCCAGAUCCUGAAGGACAUGGGGAUCACGGAGUAUGAACCCCGGGUUAUCAAUCAGAUGUUGGAAUUCGCGUACAGGUAUGUGACUACUAUAUUGGAAGAUGCAAAAAUUUACUCAAGUCACGCUAAGAAGUCCAGUGUUGAUGCAGAUGAUGUGAGACUAGCAAUCCAGUGUCGAACAGACCAGUCAUUUACCUCUCCUCCCCCAAGAGAUUUUUUGCUAGAUAUUGCAAGACAAAAGAAUCAGACCCCACUGCCACUGAUAAAGCCGUAUUCUGGUCCCAGACUACCACCUGAUAGAUACUGUUUAACAGCUCCAAAUUACAGACUUAAGUCCUUGCAAAAAAAGGUCUCUUCCUCUGCGGGAAGAAUAACAGUACCCCGACUAAGUGUUGGUGCUGUAAGUAGACCUAGUACGCCUACCUUAGGAACUCCUUCAGCACAAACAGUAGCUGUUUCAACAAAAGUUGGCACUCCGGUAUCACUGACAGGUCAAAGGUUUACUGUACAAAUCCCAUCCUCUCAGACAACAGUCAAAUCAGCAACGCCUACUACCCCUACAGUUCAGAAUGUUCUGAUUAAUCCUUCAUUAAUUGGAUCAAAAAACAUUCUGAUUACUACAAAUAUGAUAUCACAGAAUGCAGCCACUGAGGCAAAUCCAUUGAAAAGGAAGCAUGAAGAUGAUGACGAUUAUGAUAAUUUAUAAAAGGGAUACAGUCUGGUCUCCAUACUUUUUCAGAGGUGUGAUUCAUAUUGAGUCUGAUGCUGAGUUGGAACUUGCCAAAAUGUUGUUCACAAAUUGUGACAGAAAAUGUGUAAAUAUUCGGAGUUAAUGGAAUCAGGAGAAGAAUGAUAUUGCUAGAACAAUGCUGCAAUAAAAGCUGUUUUUCAACCUUG